AUGGAUAUGAAAAUUGAAGAGAGCGCUAAGGAAUUGACCGAUUUAUCGUUGGAGCCAGCUCCAUCCAAUGAUUUUGGAGCGUUUGAUCAGGACGGCGAAGAAGCUAAUGAGAAAGUUGCCAUUGAAGACGAUGAGUCGCCAAUGAAGGAUGCCCACUUCUCAUAUCAUGAGAGCAAGCAGCUGUUUGAUAAUGAGUCGAAACGGAUUGCGCUGGAUGACAAAUCAGCUCCUUCACCGCUCGUGGAUCAACCGUCGUUUAAGAAUGGUAAGGGCACCCCUUCUAGCUCAGUGGUGUUGCAAAAAGAUAGCUCUCUGUCUUCAGGAGCUCAGAAUACGGUUCCUUAUCCUCCUAGCGGUGAAAUGUGGGACUCGAAAGAGAAGCAGGACACGACGGCUGCUUAUAAGAUGGGGAUGCUUGCGGAUGACGCGGCUCAGCAGUUCUUGGAUGAACCUUCACCAGAGCUGGUUGGGCUUUACAAGAAUGUUGCGGAGUGCCGCGCUUUGAGAGCCAAGUAUCAGGAUUCGUCCUUGCAAAGAUCAGACCAGAAUCCUAAGAAUAAGCCCGGCUGGAAAAUCUACCCUCCACCACCUAAACCUACUUACGAUGCGGUAACCAAGACAGUGGUCAAGGUAGCGAACCCGCCGGACUCAGUGGUGUUUGAAUUUGCUCAAUGUGAGAUACCUGGUGAAGACACGGAAUGGGAUUUUAUGUCAAACGAUGACGAUUCCUAUGUGGUUCAUCGCGUGGGAAAUAAGAAAGACCUGAUUUCUGACGUCCCGAGCUUGAGAGAUUACUACUUGGAUCUAGAAAAGUUGGUGUCGAUUUCUUCUGAUGGACCAGCGAAGUCGUUCGCCUUCCGAAGAUUACAAUACUUGGAGGCUCGUUGGAACUUAUACUAUUUGUUGAAUGAAUACCAAGAGACCAGCGUCUCCAAAAGAAACCCACAUAGAGAUUUCUACAAUGUCAGAAAGGUGGACACUCACGUUCACCACUCGGCUUGCAUGAAUCAAAAACACCUGUUGCGUUUCAUCAAACAUAAGUUGAAGCAUUGCAGCGAUGAAAAGGUCAUCUUCAGGGAUGAUAAGGUUUUGACUUUGGACGAGGUAUUCAAGUCGCUACAAUUGUCUGGUUAUGAUUUAUCCAUCGAUACGCUGGAUAUGCAUGCCCACAAGGACACUUUUCACAGAUUCGAUAAGUUUAAUCUAAAGUACAAUCCCAUUGGUGAAUCUCGUUUGAGAGAAAUUUUCCUAAAAACAGAUAACUACAUCAGGGGUUCGUAUUUAGCUGAGAUUACGAAACAAGUCAUCUCAGAUCUAGAGAACUCCAAGUAUCAAAAUUGUGAGUAUAGAAUAUCGAUUUAUGGCCGUUCCAUUGACGAGUGGGAUAAGCUAGCCAGUUGGGUUGUGGACAAUAAAGUCUUUUCACACAACGUGCGUUGGUUAGUCCAAAUUCCUCGCCUCUAUGAUAUUUACAAAAAGACAGGCGCGAUAAAUACUUUCCAGGAAAUCAUUACAAAUCUAUUCAGACCACUUUUUGAGGUGACCAAAAACCCUCAGUCUCACCCAAAGCUACAUGUCUUUUUGCAAAGAGUCAUUGGUUUCGAUUCAGUUGACGAUGAAUCCAAGGUUGACCGCCGUUUUCACAGGAAAUACCCCAAGCCUUCCUUAUGGGAGUCUUCUCAAAAUCCUCCUUACUCCUACUACCUGUACUACCUUUACUCAAGCUUGGCCUCUUUGAAUCAAUGGAGAAGCAAACGUGGCUUUAAUACGUUAGUACUAAGGCCACAUUGUGGUGAAGCCGGUGACCCAGAGCAUUUGGUAUCGGCGUAUCUGCUUGCCCAAAGUAUCUCUCACGGUAUUCUGCUGAGGAAGGUUCCAUUCGUCCAAUACUUAUACUACCUUGACCAAAUUGGUAUCGCGAUGUCUCCUCUGUCGAACAAUGCGCUGUUUUUGACUUAUGAUAAGAAUCCAUUUCCUAGGUACUUCAAAAGAGGCUUGAACGUUUCCUUAUCGACAGAUGACCCAUUGCAGUUUUCUUACACCAGAGAACCUUUGAUUGAAGAGUACUCCGUUGCUGCACAAAUUUACAAGCUGUCAAAUGUUGACAUGUGCGAGUUAGCAAAGAACUCGGUCCUGCAAAGUGGUUGGGAAGCUUCGAUCAAAGCACACUGGAUUGGUAAGAACUUUGAAAAGGAUGGUGUUCAAGGCAACGAUGUGGGAAAGACUAACGUACCGAACAUCAGAGUUAAUUAUAGAUGGGACACGCUUUCGACAGAGCUGGAGCUUGUCGAGCACUUUGCCAAAUUUUAG